GCAAAUCGGCCAGUGCGGUCGGGUACGUCGCGUUCCUAACAUAUUCACACGUAAACAUUUUACAUGUUGUGUUCAAUCAAACCUACCGAACCAAAUAGAACACAACAUCCGUAACGAGAAUGUACAAAACAUGUGUGUGGGUCUUGUUAUUUAAAAUCGUGCUGUGCUACGAGGCACCACCGGCCACGCUCGAAGCAAUACACCCUAAAGGACUUAGGGUUUCCGUUCCAGAUGAGGGCUUCUCGUUAUUCGCGUUUCACGGUAAACUCAACGAGGAAAUGGAAGGCUUAGAGGCCGGCCAUUGGUCCAGGGACAUCACGAAGCCAAAAAACGGAAGAUGGAUAUUCAGAGAUCGAAAUGCUGCGCUGAAAGUCGGAGAUAAGAUUUACUUUUGGACUUUUGUCAUAAAGGACGGCUUAGGAUACAGACAGGAUAACGGGGAGUGGACAGUUGAAGGUUUCGUAGAUGAAGCCGGUAAUCCAGUAAACACAGAGGGCUCUGAAAUAACACCAGGAGUAGAAUUCACCAGCACCAGUCUGAACCCAGAGUCCCCUCAGUCUAUACCCAAUCAGCCUCCAGACAGCCUGCCCGCUAAACCACCAUCUGAAGGCUAUCCCUGUGAGCUAUCGCUAUCCACAGUCUCAGUACCUGGUUUUGUAUGCAAAGGGCAGCUGCUUUUCGAAGAUCAGUUCAAUAUACCAAUACACAAAGGGAAAAUUUGGGUACCAGAAGUAAAGUUCCCUGGUGAACCGGAUUUUCCCUUCAACGUAUACCUAACCGAUAAUGCAGAAGUCAACGACGGAAGGCUGAUUAUAAAACCAACUACCUUGGAGUCAAAGUAUGGCGAGGAUUUUGUUCGACAAUCUUUGGAUCUGUCAGAGAGAUGCACUGGAACCGUAGGAACAGCUCAAUGCUUGCGAGAAGCUUCUGGUCCUCUUAUUUUGCCACCCAUAAUAACUGCGAAAAUCAGCACUCGGCAUCAAUUUGCCUUCAAAUAUGGACGUGUCGAGAUCAGAGCUAAAAUGCCAAAAGGAGAUUGGCUUUAUCCUGAAAUAUUGCUCGAACCUCGUGAUAAUAUAUAUGGUGUCCGGAACUACGCUUCGGGGAUAUUAAAAAUCGCUAGCGUCAAAGGAAACGCUGAAUUUUCAAAGAAACUCUACGCAGGUCCUAUAAUGACUGGAUCUGAUCCUUAUAGAUCUUUUUAUCUUAAAGAAAACAUUGGGUACGAAUCAUGGAAUAACGAUUUCCACAACUACACCCUAGAGUGGAGACCAGAUGGCAUUACGUUGUUAGUUGAUGGAGAAAGUUAUGGCGAGAUAAAACCAGGAGAAGGUUUUUACAACGUGGCCAACUCAUAUAAAGUUGAAGCAGCGCCGCAGUGGCUUAAAGGCACAAUCAUGGCGCCUUUUGAUGAAUUGUUCUAUGUGUCGAUCGGUCUUAAUGUGGCUGGAAUCCGAGAGUUCUCCGAAGACAUCUCCAAUAAGCCUUGGAAAAACUCUGCCACUAAAGCAAUGCUCAAAUUCUGGGACGCCCGUAGUCAGUGGUUCCCUACGUGGGAUGAAGAUAGCGCUCUUCAGGUGGACUAUGUUAAAGUUUUUGCGAUAUGAGAUGCUACAUCAGAGAACAUAGUGGGGAUUAUAAUAAUUAACAACGUACCUACUGAAUGCAAAAUUCGGAUCCGAUAAAGCGCUAUCUCACUUCAAGUCAUUUGCCUGCCUUAUUUGAUAAUAAAAACCAAUUUUUACCUCCAA